ACAUAAUUUUGAACUGUUCCUACGUGAGGCGCCAUCUUGUGAGAGCAGGCUGCACUUGUCAAUUAGUACUUGAAGCAAUAAUAUUUUAAGACACUGACUUGGAAGUGAAACUUUCAUAAAGUCAUUAAUUUUAUCUAUAGUACGCAUUUAUUAUUGGAUUAACAAUGAUUUGGUUUUUUCUUCAUGUUUUAGUUUUUAUUAAUUAAGAUUUUUUAGUUGUGUUUUGGUUAGGAAAACACAACCAUAAACUGGCAGCACCGAAAUGUCAACUGUAGUAUUGCCAUUACAAAAUAACUGUUUUGUAGCUGGGUAAAAAUUAAGAUGCUUUCUUUGUAGUUAUUAAAUUGAAUCUGCAGUGUAUUGCUACGAAAUCAUAAAAAGGACACGGUUUUAGUACUUAGGUGUAAAAAAAUGUUUCUGUUGUAAUUACAAUAUUGUAUUUACUAUCAAAAUGUAAAGACAAUAUUAAGGCAGAAAUAAACUUAAAUAACUAAGUGUUUUAGCAACGUAGCACAGUCAAUUCCUUUCUUUAAUUUACUUGUUUUUUUGUUAUUUAACUAACGUUUCAUUUUACUUUAAAGAGUUUGAUUUGGGAACUGACACUCAAAUGACAGGAACGUUUUGGGGUAAAGUCAAUUUGCGCAUGACAACCCCAUACCUAGUACCGUACGAAAACUACACGACAUAGGACCCGCUUUACGUCCGCGCUAACAAAACUCGUUGAAAAUGCUUACAUCAAAAUGGUAGAGUCGCAACAAAUGUUCUUAUUCCUGUUUAAAUCUAAAUACAGACGAAAAUUCUCAUGGUUCUCGCCGUUCCUGUGUUCAGUACUCAUAGUGUUAUUGUUUUGCAAUGAUGCUCUCGCUAGGUGUAGUAACCAUAACUGCAUAAAUGGAGACUGUAAAAACGAAACCUGUGUGUGUAGAGAGGGCUGGCAAGGUCCAGAAUGCCAGUACUGCGGAGGGAAAAUCAAUCUCACAGACACCUUCGGCUUCAUAACCGACGGCCCCGGAAAUUAUAGCGUGAGCACACAAUGCACGUGGCUAGUGGCGCCACCUCGCCUGGGCCCGUCGCCGCCGGCGGUUCGUAUCCGACUGGAGUCCUUCGCCACGGAGUGCGGGUGGGAUCAUCUCUAUGUGUAUGACGGAGACAGCGUUCGCGCUGUAAGACUGCUGGCCAUUUUUAGUGGCGUCAUGGAGCCUGGUGAAUCCGGUUGGACGCGGCAAGUGAUUGCGCGAUCUGGCAGCGCUUUACUGCACUUCUUCUCUGACGAUGCCUUCGCGAUGGAGGGAUUCAACGUCACCUACGCGGCGUACUCCUGUCCGUCGGAUGACCAUAGGACAAAUUGUAGCAACCAUGGCGAAUGCGACGAAGGCACAUGUCGGUGCAAUCCGGGAUGGAUUGGAGUAGCAUGCGAUCAACCGAUUUGUCCAGAUAACUGUAACGAAGCGUACGGUGGCGGGACUUGCACCCCUAAAGGAUGCGUUUGCACCCCCCAACGUUCCGGGGAGGACUGCAGUCGAGACGUAUCCACUGCUGGCUGGAGGUGGCUUUGGAAAGAACCAGGAGAAGGGGUGGACGAAGAAGCCGCGCCGGCCGUGGCGGGGCACGUGCUGGUGCAGAGGGGGGGAGAAAUAUUGAGGGUGGGGGGUGAGAGUUUUGGACAGGCUGACUUUCUUUAUAGGUAUAAAGUCGCAGAGAACAAAUGGGAGCCGGUGGUGACGCUGGGCGCCGCGCCGGCGCCGCGCCUCGCGCACUCGGCCGCGCUGAGCGGCGCCGAGCUCGUCGUGUACGGCGGCGUCGUCGCGGCCGGCGACGCGGAGAGGGGCGGUGAACUUGCUGGCCGAGAAGGUCGAGCAGGGGAAGUCACCAAUGAAGUUUGGCGACUAAACUUAGCUGCGCCAAUACUUCAAUGGGUGAAUGCUACUCCUACUAUAUGUGGGAACAGGCCUGCGCCCAUGAAACAUUGUGGCGGCCUAGCCGUGUCGGGUCACACGGCGGUGGUGGUCCGAUACAAUGACAAGCCGGUGAUGCUCGUUUUCUUCGGGCACUCGCCGCACUAUGGCUAUCUUCACUUGGUACAGGAGUACCACAUAGAAGAAGGCGUGUGGGUGUCGGCCCCAACAGUGGGCUGGGCGGCGCGCGGGGGCUUCGGGCACUCGGCGGUCUUAGACCCGCUGUCCGACCGCGUGUUCGUGCACGGCGGCCUCGUGUCGCAGAGCGAGGCGGCGCAGGCGCCGUCAGCUGCUCUGUAUGAAUAUGAGUACAAGAGAAGAAUAUGGCGUCCGCUGCCCUCCGCGCCCACGCCUAGAUAUCUACAUUCCGCCAUUAUUUUAUCGCCAGGUAUUAUGCUAGUCUUUGGCGGCAACGCACACAACGACAGUGCAGCGGCCGCCGUCAGUAACCCUGCCGGCUCCCAGUGCUACUCGGCCGGCGCUCUUAUAUAUGAUAUAAGGUGCUCGACGUGGCGCACGGUGCCGACGCCGCCGGGCGCGGCGCGCGCGGCGCACGCGGCGGCGCUGCUGCCCCUGUCCGCCGCGCGCCGCCCCACCGCGCUCUUCUACGGCGGUUUCGACGGCCGCCUCCGUUCAGACGCGCUUCUCUUCGAGGCGGGCUCCCCUUGUUCUUCCCACACGAGCGAGUUAGCGUGCUUAGCGAACGCGCACCAUGCGUGCCGUGCAUGCGCGUGGAACUCGCACGAACGCACAUGCGUGCCGUUGGAGACGGCUGGCUGGAACCAGUCAUUCGACGGGACGAUGAAAGCUUGCAUGAACGAACCUGUGAGAGACGUUCACCGCUGCCGCUCGGCCAACAGCUGCGCGGCGUGCACGGCCGCGGGCUGCGCGUGGUGCGGCUCGUGUCAGCCUGAACCUCAGCUUUGUAGUCGACUCUGGCCUAAGAUGGCGCUAAUGGUAGACGAGUGCGCAAGCACAGGGGAGCUGGCCAGAGACGCUUGCGCGCGGUACCAUUCGUGCGCUGCGUGCCACGCACAUCAGCAACACCACCACUACUUAUCUGUACAUUCGAGCUCAGAAGAGCGGUCAUGCUAUUGGGAUUAUGAAUCUAUCAAAUGCAAGCCGGCUAACUCAUCUGACGACAUCAGGAGCGUGGCAGCCGCCGGUCCGUGCACGGCCCCGUGUGCGACGUUUCAUACGUGCUCAAAUUGCACGUCGGAAGAGUGCAUAUGGUGUGCCUCGACUGGGCGUUGCGUUGAUAAGAACGCAUACGGCGCGUCGUUCCCGUUGGGCGGGUGCCGGCUGUGGUCGACGUCGAGCGUGUCGGGCGGCUGCGGCGCGGCGGGCGCGGCGCGCGCGGGCUGCGCGCGGCACGUGUCGUGCGCCGCGUGCCGCGCCGAGCCCGCGUGCGGCUGGUGCGACGACGCCGCGCGCCCGCCCACCGGCCGCGGCGUGUGCCUGCCCGGCGGCGCGCGCCGCCCGCACGAGCCGCACGUCUGCGAGACUUCCAGGUGGUUCUUCACCGACUGCCCCCGCUGCCAAUGCAACGGGCACUCCACCUGCGACGAGAGGGAGGGAGACAAAUGCAUACAGCCCUGCGGCGCUAGAGCAGUAGGGCUACAUUGCGACACUUGCGCGCCGGGACAUUAUGGCGACCCGCUCAACGGAGGCACUUGCAAACCGUGCGAAUGCAACGCGCAAGCCGUCGCUUGCGCACCAGACACAGGCCGUUGUUUCUGCAGUACCAAAGGCUUAGCCGGCGAGCGAUGCGACAAAUGCGACAACAGCAACCACUACCACGCCGACUUGUACAACAAGGGGGCUUGCUAUUAUGACUUAGCAGUAGACUACCAGUUCACCUUCAACCUCUCAAAAAAAGAAGACCGCCAUCUCUCCGCCAUAAACUUCCGGAACGCGCCCGUGAAAGCCGAUGUGGACGCGGACUUCAGCAUCACGUGCUCGGCGCACGCGCGCAUGAACCUCACGGUUAGGACGCGCUCCGAGCCGGGGGAGAGGACGCUGUUCGCGCACGUCAACUGCACCAACUUUAGAUACAAAUUCGCCAAAUCCGACCACGCCUUCGGCGUAGAAGACAACGUGACCCUGACCACGUUCUUCGUGUACGUGUACGAUUUCCGCCCGCCUCUGUGGAUACAAAUCUCGUUCUCGCAGUACCCGAAGUUGAAUCUGCAGCAGUUCUUCAUCACGUUCUCGUCGUGUUUCUUACUGUUGUUGCUGGUUGCUGCGGCUCUGUGGAAGAUUAAACAGAAAUACGACUUGUACAGAAGACGGCAGCGGCUCUUCGUGGAAAUGGAGCAGAUGGCGUCGCGGCCGUUCAGCCAAGUCUGUGUGGAGCUGGAGAAAGGAGGAGCAGGCGCCGGCGUGCCGGCGCCGGUGGCGCUGGAGCCGUGCCUGGGCUCGCGCGCCGCCGUGCUGUCGCUGCUGGUGCGCCUGCCCACCGGCGGCACCGGCCGCGCGCCGCCGCUCGGCGGCCUGGCCGUGGCCUCCGCGCUCGUCACGCUGGGCCACCACGCCGACCACAAGGCGCGCCGCUGACCGUGCGUCCCUCUCCCUCCUUGUCAGGUUACCGACCGGCGGCACUGGGCGGCCUGGCCGUGGCCUCCGCGCUCGUCACGCUGGGCCACCACGCCGACCACAAGGCGCGCCGCUGACCGUGCGUCCCUCUCCCUCCUUGUCAGGUUACCGACCGGCGGCACUGGGCGGCCUGGCCGUGGCCUCCGCGCUCGUCACGCUGGGCCACCACGCCGACCACAAGGCGCGCCGCUGACCGUGCGUCCCUCUCCCUCCUUGUCAGGUUACCGACCGGCGGCACUGGGCGGCCUGGCCGUGGCCUCCGCGCUCGUCACGCUGGGCCACCACGCCGACCACAAGGCGCGCCGCUGACCGUGCGUCCCUCUCCCUCCUUGUCAGGUUACCGACCGGCGGCACUGGGCGGCCUGGCCGUGGCCUCCGCGCUCGUCACGCUGGGCCACCACGCCGACCACAAGGCGCGCCGCUGACCGUGCGUCCCUCUCCCUCCUUGUCAGGUUACCGACCGGCGGCACUGGGCGGCCUGGCCGUGGCCUCCGCGCUCGUCACGCUGGGCCACCACGCCGACCACAAGGCGCGCCGCUGACCGUGCGUCCCUCUCCCUCCUUGUCAGGUUACCGACCGGCGGCACUGGGCGGCCUGGCCGUGGCCUCCGCGCUCGUCACGCUGGGCCACCACGCCGACCACAAGGCGCGCCGCUGACCGUGCGUCCCUCUCCCUCCUUGUCAGGUUACCGACCGGCGGCACUGGGCGGCCUGGCCGUGGCCUCCGCGCUCGUCACGCUGGGCCACCACGCCGACCACAAGGCGCGCCGCUGACCGUGCGUCCCUCUCCCUCCUUGUCAGGUUACCGACCGGCGGCACUGGGCGGCCUGGCCGUGGCCUCCGCGCUCGUCACGCUGGGCCACCACGCCGACCACAAGGCGCGCCGCUGACCGUGCGUCCCUCUCCCUCCUUGUCAGGUUACCGACCGGCGGCACUGGGCGGCCUGGCCGUGGCCUCCGCGCUCGUCACGCUGGGCCACCACGCCGACCACAAGGCGCGCCGCUGACCGUGCGUCCCUCUCCCUCCUUGUCAGGUUACCGACCGGCGGCACUGGGCGGCCUGGCCGUGGCCUCCGCGCUCGUCACGCUGGGCCACCACGCCGACCACAAGGCGCGCCGCUGACCAUCAACUGACACCAAUGUAUAUAACAAAUAUGUAAAUGGUGUAUAAAGUGAUCAAACAAUACUCAACAUCGAAUGUGUUGAAUUAAAGUGUUUCAAACGUCGCUGUGUUGACUUAACACAUUGAGUGCCGGGAACCCGCUUGGCGGGCGCUCUGUUCUUAGUCGCUUUCCCCUACAAAGCGGAAAAACGCUAGAAUCAGCUACGCUACGAAAACGUUGGCAGUGAAUGCGUUAAAAGUGUUACAUACCCCGUGCCGACUUGAAAGUGUUAUAAACCAAGUGAAAUGACAUUGAAAAAGUGAUAUGUAGACAACAGUUUUAGAUUAGCGUGCUUUUGGUAAGUUACAUUGCAAACAGAUACGUAGCAUUUGCAUACUAUUGACGCAGCCUAUGGACGCUUGCUUCACUGGUAAGCGCGUUGCCGACCCGUUAAUCAUACAAGCGUUGAUAAAAAUUGACAAACUUAGAAAGAAAUUUAAUGUGAAUUUGUUUCAAUAUUGUGCAAAUGCUCAAUGAUUCGAAGUCAAUGUAUAUAGAUUACUGUCAUGAGUUAUUUAUUUGAUACCUGGUUUUUAUUAUCCUCUAUUAUAUUUUUUUAAGCUUGCUCAAUUAUGUUUUUAAUAUAAUUUUUAUU